UAUAGCUAAGGCAGCGAAGCCAGAAAAACCACAGUGCUGCUCUCAUCUAGCUUCAACAUGGACAUGGAGGAGGGCUACUACUUCUACUCGUACGCAUCGCUCUGCGGCGCCCUUGCCGUUAUAGUAGCAGGUUGGCUCGUGUACAGGUGGAUGAGUCCUCCCUGCAACACCGGGAGGCUCCCUCCCGGAUCCAUGGGCUUCCCCCUCAUCGGCGAGACCUUCCGCUUCUUCAAGCCAAGCCCUUCUAUUGACAUCCCAGCCUUCUACAAGCAAAGGCUCAAAAGAUACGGCCCGUUGUUCAAGACGAACCUGGUGGGGCAGCCGUUGGUGGUGUCCAUGGACGCCGAGGUGAACCGCUUCAUCUUCCAGCAGGAAGGCAAGCUGUUCCGGAGCUGGUACCCGGACACCACCAACAUCAUCUUCGGAAAGGAGAGCCUCGCCUCCUGCGACGGCUCCCUCCACAAGUUCGUCCGCAGCUUCGCCGCCAGGCUCUUCGGCGUCGACAGCCUCCGUGACAUGCUCCUCGCGGAAAUGGAGCAGAACGUGGCGCGGAGCUUCGCCGCGUGGGCUGCGGAGCCUGCAGGAAUCGAGGUCAAGGACGCGGUGUCCACGAUGAUAUUUGACCUCAUGGCCAAGAAGCUUAUUGGUUUUGGCCCCGAAAAGUCAAGGAAACUUAGGAAGAAUUUGGAUGUCUUCUUCCAGGGAAUGGUCUCCUUCCCGCUGUAUUUCCCUGGGACAGCAUUCUACAAAUGCAUACAGGGAAGGAAAAACGUGCAAAAGGUACUCAAGGACUUGCUAAAAGAAAGGCUCAGUGCACCUCAAAAGAGACACGGUGAUUUCCUUGACGAGGUCGUCGAUGAGCUACAGAGCGGGCCGGGAAUGUUGAACGAGAAAUUCGCCAUAGAUCUGGUGGGCGCCCUCUUGUUCGCCAGCUUUGCGACGGUGUCGUCGUCGCUCACGGUCGCCAUGAAAUUCCUCAGCGACCAACCCAGUGUGGUAGAAGCACUCAAGGAGGAGCAUGAAGCGAUUUUGAAGAAAAGAGCGGGUGCGAAUACCAGUGCGAUCACAUGGGAAGAAUACAAGUCCAUGGCAUUCACUGCUCAGGUCACGAAUGAGAUCGUUCGCCUUAGUAACGUGGCCCCUGGAAUAUUCAGGAAAACACUAACAGAUGUGCAAGUGAAAGGCUACACGAUCCCCGCGGGUUGGCUGGUGAUGAUCAGCCCCAUAUCUGUCAAUCUGAACCCAGAAUUGUAUGAAGAUCCCCUAGCCUUUAAUCCAUGGAGGUGGCAGGAUGAGUCGAAGAAGAGCACUCUGCUCAAGAACUUCAUGCCGUUCGGAGGGGGGCUAAGGCUUUGCGUGGGCGCAGAGUUCAGCAGAAUCCAGAUCGCACUCUUCCUUCACACCUUGGUGACAAAGUACAGAUGGAAGGAGAUAAAAGGAGGCGAAGUGCAACGCAUAUCGGAGAUCGUGUUUCCAAAGGGCUAUCACAUCCAAAUAAUCCCUAGGGAGGAAUCGAUAAACUGAUACAAGAAAACAGAGCCUACUUUCUCGCUAGCAACUUGAUGGACAAUCUCACUCCUUCAAUAGCUGGGGAUUGACAGACAAAAUGUAAUCUCUCCAUAAAAUGUAGCUUUGCAACGUGUGUGAGUACCAUGGUGUGGAGUUUCUAAACUAUGUGGGUCAUUUCCUUUUUUUAGUAAUAUAUAAAAAGAACAGAUGUUAUUGUGGCUAUAGGUAGGGCAAAAACCUAAAUACUGUUAUUGAGGAGUGUGUCACGUGUAAGAGAAUUGGCUGUAAUUUACUACCAGGAGUACUAGUCAUGGUUUUCACUUUACCGGAAUUUCGACGAAA